UUUUUUUCUUUGAAAAAUGUUAUUUUAUUUUUUCAGAGAAUAAUAACAAAUUUUACAUUUUUAUUUAAUUUUAUAAAACGACGACAAUGAUAUCAAAAUGAUUUCAAUUUCUUUCAGAAAUCUACUAAAAUUUGUCUUUGGUAAGUAUAUUGUAUGAGAUUUACAUUUUAAUUAUCAAAAUUUUUAUAUUAAAAGUAAUAGUAAAGUAUAUUAAUAAACAAAAAGGUUAUAAAUAUUAUCAUAUAUUUUUUUUAAUAAAUAUUUUAUGUGUUUUUUACCAACAGAUUUUUUAUAACAUGUUUAUAGCUAUAAAUUACAAGAACACAGCGUUCUACUUUGAUUUGUCUAAUGUUUUACGUCUGCAUCUUUAUCAACCUCUGAUAAGCGUAGCGUAUUGAGAGAGAUAAGUUAUAUAAAGCACAUUCACAGUUGCAACAUUAAUGUAGUGUCGAUUACAAUUUGCUAACUCAUUUGCGGUAUCAAUAUUUCGUAUUAAAUAAAUUAAAUAAAAUAUUUAAUAAGAUAUUAGUAAAUUUUGUAAAAUAUUAGUAAAUUAUAUCGAUUGAUGCUUAUAUAAUAAAAAAAAUAUAUAUAUUUAAAAAAAAUGUGUGCUACAUUAAGCGAAGUGAAUAAUAAGUUCACGGAAGAAGUGCUAAUGAGUAUUCUCUCUAAAGUAAGCAAUGGGAAAAAAGUGCAACUGACAGAUUGGAGAUUUAAUGAGGGAUCUGCUAAGGGCGACAAUUAUUUGUCAAAUAUCUAUAGGGGCAAAGUGAAUGGUAUUAUCGAUGGCGAUCCGAAGCAACAAGUGCAAGCAAAUAUUGUCGUAAAGUCGAUGCCAAAGAAUGCUGGAACAAGAAAGACUCUCAGAUGUGCAGAUUUCUUCUAUAAUGAAAUCGCUUUUUAUACGCAGAUUAUCUCCAAAUUUGAAAACUUCCUAGCGGAAAAGGAACAAAGUGAUCUGUUAUGUAUACCACGUUAUAUAAUCUCCUCUACAGAUAGUGAAAACGGUUUUCUAGUCUUGGAAGAUGUUUCUUGUUUAGGAUUUCACAACAUAUCGCGACAGAACUGCCUGGACUGGGCAGAAUGUUCAGCUAUUUUAAAAACAGUGUCCGCGUUUCACGCGAUUUCAUUUGCAUAUAAAGAUCAAAAAAAGGAAGAGUUCGCACAAAUGACAGAGUCUUUAAAAGAAACCAUGUUCAGCCGUGAAUACUGGGACUGGUACAAAGGGUUUCACGAAAAAAUGCAAGUUGUGAUUAAACAUGCAUUAGCUACCGAAUAUCCUGAUAGCAAGGCUGAAAAACAGUACAAUUCUUACAAAGUCAGGGAUCUCUUCGAUAAGUGCACAGAAUUAUGUAAGAGAAGAGACGCUUCUACGUCCGUCGUAGUCGAGGGCGAUUGCUGGGCUCAAAAUUUCUUAUUCCGCAACAUUGGGCAAAAUCAAAAGCAAGCGUUGAUGCUUGACUUUCAGCUCGCACGUUGUGCAAGCCCUGUCACAGAUCUGUCGUUUCUAAUUUACGCUUGCACACUUAAGUCAUUUCGUGAUCAACAUUUCGACGACCUAUUAAAAUUUUAUCAUUCCGAACUGGGCAAUGCUAUUAAAUUGCUUGGAUCCGAUCCAGAAAAGCUUUAUCCGUGGGAUUUGUUUAUGAAAGAGGUGCAGGAGCAAUUCGUAUAUGGUGUGGUCGGUUCGCUUGACGCUAUCCCACUAUGCCUGAUGGAGGUAUCCGAAUCAUUCACCUUAGAAAAUAUUGUUGAAGGCGACGAGGCAAUAAACAUGAGUGAUGUAGUGACAAUACCUUGUAUUGAAACAACAAGCGGAAGACAAAGAAUAGCGGAUGUAAUAGUUCACGCUGUUGAGAAAGGAUACAUAUGAUGCGCGGAAAAAUUUUGUUGUAAGGUCCUCGUCCGCGAGGAAAUAAUUAAAAUAAUUAUAAAUGAAUUUUGAAUUGUAGUCAAAUACAAUUCAAAGUAAUUUUUGUGAUACUCACAAUAGAAUUAAGUAAUCUACAUUAGCCAAAUAGAUAAAACUUUUUUUUAAUUCUUUUAGAAAAUUCUUGUACAUGGGUGUUUCUUAAGUAUUAAUUAAAUUCUUAGAUCAACAAUGCAUUUCUCUUUUGAAAUGUUUUUAUUAUUUUAUAAUAUCAUCAAUUUUGAAUUUAAAAAAUGCAAUAACUGCAUUACAAUGCUUGCAUACAAUCAGAUUAAAAACAAUGCUUACUCAAUGUAUUUCUAGUGGGCAAUCUCUCAUUGUUUUUUUUCUAUUUCAAGGUAAAAUUUAUUGUAAAUUUUUAAGUUUUUUAGAAACGCUAUGUUUAGAAAGCGAAGUUUUUUAAUUCAUCUAUUAAUCAAACGCAUUAUAUGCGCAAAUGCAAUUUUGCUCUGCAAAAGCUGCACAAUGCAACUGAUCAAUCAAUGAAUUAAAAAAUUCCCUUAUAAAUUUUCAUAGUUUAAUAUUGACGGCGAUAUAUCUGUACAUUCCGUGAUUUAUCAAAAUUUGGAGCACUCCCUUAUCAGCAUCAAGAAAAUGUGCAAUAUCAUGGUGGAAGAAAAGUCAAUAGAAGCCAGAUUGUCUUGCUGGUGUAUAAAUAUUUAUACAUCAUUAAUGGUUUCGAUAACGGCCUUAGAAUAAAGUUAAUUCGAUUUUUUAUUCCAAAGAAUAAAAUAAUUCGAAAAAAAG